AUGCCACCAGUUAUUACUGCAAUUAGCACAAGAGACGCAAGAUUUCAGCUGCAGCCAGGUGAAGGUACAGAUGCGGUACACUCUCUAUCAGUCUACGCGUACGCAGUUGCUCUAUUGGAGACGGAUACGAGCGACUUGAAAGGAUCCGGACUAGCCUUUACAUUGGGACAAGGCAACGAUCUCGUUUGCCAGGCCAUUGAAACUCUGGCCAAACCGCUUCUAGGUCGAGACAUCGAAAGCAUCAUGGCGGAAUUUGGCAAGGUGUUUAGGUCUAUUGCAGACCAUCCCUCCUAUCGAUGGCUGGGACCACAUAAAGGCGUUGUUCAUCUAGCUCUUGCAGCUAUCACUAACGCUUGCUUUGAUUUAUGGAGCAAGUGCAGGGGACUGCCACUCUGGAAGCUGCUGUUGUCCCUUAAUGUUGAUGAAAUUAUUUCAUUUCUCGACUUCAGUUAUGUCAAAGAUGUUUUCUCUGAGGAGGAAGCUCGAAAAAUACUGGAGGACAUGAUGCCUUCUAGAGCUCAACGAAUGGAUGUGCUCGAGAGUGGGUAUCCCGGAUAUGACACCAGCUUUGGUUGGCUGCAUUUUGAUGAUGACACUAUUGUCAGAAACGUUGAGAAAGCAACAAAGAGUGGAUUCAAAGCAUUGAAAUUAAAAGUAGGAUCGAAAGACAAAGCAAGAGAUAUACGCCGGGCCAAGCUAGUUCGCAAACUGGUUGGCCCGGAUGUCAAAUUGAUGUUUGAUGCUAAUCAACAAUGGUCACUCUCGACUGCAGUAGAAAUGUGUGAGGCUUUAAAGGAAGUGAACCCUUACUGGAUUGAAGAGCCUACACACCCGGAUGACGUGUUUUCUCAUCAAAGUCUUGUCAGAGCUGGCUAUCCCAUCGCCAUAGGAGAGGCUAUACCAAACCGCGUGACAUUCAAGAACUUCAUGCAGGCACAGGCAGCUAACUUCAUUCAGGUUGAUCCUUCAAGAACUGGAGGCAUCAGCGAGACUAUCCUUGUAGCAAUGAUGGCCAAAAAGUUUUGUCUUCCUGUUGUUCCACAUGUUGGCGACAUGGGACAAAUCAGCCAACACCUAGUAUUAUUCUACCACAUUGCGCUGGGACACGAGAAACUUUUUCUUGAAUAUAUUCCACAUCUCAGGAAGUAUUUUGUUACUCCUGCCCAAGUCAAUGAAGGAGUAUACAGGGUGCCCGAAGAACCAGGAGCUAGUAGCGAUCUAAGAGACUAACUUCAAUAAUGUAGUGUAUUAGUAUUGAUGCUCUCUAAGAAUGUAUGAUAGCGCAUGCGCAUAUGUUUU